AUGUCAGGUCAUUCAAAAUGGUCAUCAAUUAAGCACCAUAAGGCUGCUGUCGAUGCGAAGCGUGGCAAGCUCUUCUCCAAAUUGAUUAAGGAGAUUACGGUUGCAGCGCGAGCCGCCGGUGCUGAUACCCAAGUGAAUCCGCGUUUGAGGUCUGCGGUGUUAGCUGCAAAGUCGAAGAAUGUUCCGAAUGAUAACAUCGAAAAGGCGAUUCUACGCGGCACAGGUGAACUUGACGGCGUGGAUUAUGAAGAAAUUCUAUAUGAAGGGUAUGGUCCGGGUGGGGUUGCAAUCAUGAUCGAUGUCUUGACGGAUAACAGGAAUCGAGCGAUUGCGGAUGUCAGACAUAUUUUAACCAGGCAUAGUGGAAGCAUGGGUGAGCGUGGCUGCGUUUCGUGGUUAUUUGAUAAGCGUGGUUGGAUGAUUAUCGAAAAGGGUAGUAUUGACGAAGAUGAGCUUUUUAUGAUUGCACUGGAUUCGGGGGCGGAGGAUUUGACAGUUCAGGAUGAGCACCUUGAAAUUAUUACGUCUCUUGAGAAUUUUGAGGCGGUUAGAGAAGCGGUUGAGGUGUCCGGCGCAACGAUUCUGGAAGCUGAACUAACGAUGCUGCCCCAAAAUACGGUGAAAUCGGAAGGUAAGGAAGCGGAGCGGAUGUUGCGGUUGAUGGAGGCUUUGGAAGAUAGCGACGAUGUCCAGAAGGUUUAUGCAAACUUCGACAUCCCUGAUGAUAUUUUGGAAGCUGCGGCUUGA